AUGGACUCAGAGAAUCAAACUCAGGUGGAAGAGUUUAUCUUCUUGGGCUUCACCAACCUCCUGAGUGACCCGGCCACCCUCUUCCCGGCAUUCCUAGCUGCCUAUCUUGCCAUCCUCACUGGCAACCUCAUGAUAAUAACUGCGGUCCUCCUGGAUUCCCAUCUUCACAGCCCCAUGUACUUUUUCCUCAGCAACCUGUCCUGCUUGGACAUUUGCCUUUCCUCCGUUGUCGUGCCAAAGAUCCUGGUGAACUUCCUACGUCAACGGUACACCAUCUCCUACAACCAGUGCCUGGCGCAAACGUUCUUUCUGAUGGGCUUUGCUGGAUGUGAGCCGGCGCUGUUGGCCGUCAUGGCCUAUGACCGCUAUGCUGCCAUUUGCCAGCCUUUGCAGUACUCUCGCCUCAUGAGCAACAGAGUGUGUGUCCAGCUCGCUGUGGCCCCUUGGGUCUGGGGCUUCCUGGACUCAACUAUACACGCCAUCCUGGCUUCCAAACUCAACUUCUGCGGAGUCAAUGGGAUCCCGCACAUCUUUUGCGACGGGCCCCCACUCUUGAAGAUUGCCUGCAGUGAUACAUACGUGAACGAGCUGGCCAAUCACAUCACCAGCAUGAUUGUGGGCCUGAUCCCCUUCCUCUUCAUCAUCCUGUCCUAUAUCUACAUCCUGGCCUCGAUUCUACAGAUUCGCUCACACACCAGCAGGCGCAAAGCCUUCUCCACUUGUGCCUCUCACAUUGUUGUGGUCACCCUGUAUCUUGGGAAUGCAAUAUUGAACUACAACCAACCAAGCGCCGGCUACUCUCUGAAGACUGACACACUGAUCUCCACAAUGUUCUGCAUCAUCUCCCCCAUGCUGAACCCCCUUGUCUACAGCCUCCGGAACAAGGAGAUGAAGGAAGCCCUGAAGAAGGUUCUGAAUGGCCAGAGGACAGUUUAA